UGGUCCCCACCACUGUGCCGAUACUGCCCGCACUGCCAGAACCAUGAGGGUGCUCUGUGGCCCCUGCCUCGUGCUCUGCGGCCUGCUGCUGCUGCAGGUCCCACACGUACCUGGCCUUGUGCCCCUGUCCAGAGGGCACCUCUGCCGGACCCGGCCCAUAGACCUGGUGUUCGUCAUCGACAGCUCACGCAGCGUGCGGCCAGUGGAGUUUGAGAAGGUGAAGGUGUUCCUGUCCCAGGUCAUCGAGUCACUGGACGUGGGGCCCAAUGCCACCCGCGUGGGCGUGGUCAACUACGCCAGCUCCGUGAAGCAGGAGUUCCCGCUGCGGGCCCACGGUUCCAAGGCCAUGUUGCUGCAGGCCGUGCGCCGCAUCCAGCCGCUGUCCACAGGCACCAUGACGGGCCUGGCCAUCCAGUUCGCCAUCACCAAGGCCUUAAGCGAUGCUGAGGGCGGUCGCCCCAGCUCACCAGACAUCAGCAAGGUGGUCAUCGUGGUGACGGACGGGAGGCCCCAGGACAGCGUGCGGGACGUGUCUGCGCGGGCCCGGGCCAGUGGCAUCGAGCUGUUCGCCAUCGGCGUAGGCCGUGUGGACAAGGCCACGCUGCAGCAGAUCGCCAGCGAGCCUCAGGACGAGCACGUGGACUACGUGGAGAGCUACAGCGUCAUCGAGAAGCUGUCCAAGAAGUUCCAGGAGGCCUUCUGCUUGGUGUCAGACCUGUGCGCCACAGGCGACCAUGACUGCGAACAGAUGUGCCUCAGCUCCCCGGGCUCCUACACCUGCGCCUGCCGCGAGGGCUUCACCCUGAACAGUGAUGGCAAGACCUGCAAUGGCUGCAGUGGUGGAGGUGGCAGUUCGGCUACUGACCUGGUUUUCCUAAUUGAUGGAUCCAAGAGUGUGCGGCCAGAGAACUUUGAGCUGGUGAAGAAGUUCAUCAACCAGAUUGUGGACACGCUGGAUGUGUCAGACAAGCUGGCCCAAGUGGGGCUGGUACAGUACUCAAGCUCUGUGCGCCAGGAGUUCCCGCUGGGCCGCUUCCACACCAAGAAGGACAUUAAGGCAGCUGUGCGGAACAUGUCCUACAUGGAGAAGGGCACCAUGACCGGGGCUGCCCUCAAGUACCUCAUCGACAAUUCCUUCAGUGUGUCCAGCGGGGCCAGGCCUGGUGCCCAGAAGGUGGGCAUUGUCUUCACUGAUGGUCGGAGCCAGGACUACAUUAAUGAUGCUGCCAAGAAAGCCAAGGACCUUGGCUUUAAGAUGUUUGCUGUGGGUGUGGGCAACGCUGUGGAGGAUGAGCUGAGGGAAAUUGCCUCGGAGCCCGUGGCAGAGCACUAUUUCUACACGGCUGACUUCAAGACCAUCAACCAGAUUGGCAAGAAGUUGCAGAAGAAGAUCUGCGUGGAGGAAGACCUGUGUGCCUGCGAGUCCAUCGUGAAAUUCCGGACCAAAGUGGAGGGGCUGCUGCAGGCCCUGACCAGGAAGCUGGAAGCUGUGAGUAAGCGGCUGGCCAUCCUGGAGAACAGAAUCGUCUAAGGCUACCUGUCCCCCACGACCUCUCCAUCUCCCUGCCCCCAGUGCAGCUCACAGAGCCCAGUGUGUGUCCCCUAGAGCCUGAGUUUAGUCUAGCUUUGCCAUUUCAGCGAGGCGGGCUUGGGAAGGGUGGGGCCCUGGGGGCGGCACCAGGUCUCUCCCUCUCCCACCCUGCGAGCCUGGGGGGAGUGCGUGUUU